AUGUCACCAGCAAGAAUCCAUGUUGGAGAUGUUACCUACUUUACUAAACAGGAAAUAAUUGCCAUGUUUAGGGCUCGUAUGCCCAAUGUCUCAUGGUCACAACAAAAUCGUACCGGUAUUACGAGAGCGGCAAGACGACGGGCCAUCAUUACCAAGAUUAACUUGAUUCUUGACUCGGAAGAUUAUGAACAAGGUAUAGCUGAUGGUGAAUAUAUCCUAGAGGCUCUUCAAGAAAUUUGGAUGCAAUGCGACAUGAAGAGAUAA